ACCAGAGCUCUCUGACAGACGUGGCUAAAUGACUCACAGAACUACAGUUCCCAGGAUUUCCUAUCAUUGAACUAUGGUAGCAAAAGUGAUCUCACUGGAUUAUUUCUGCAGUAUGUUUUGGCCCUUUGUCAAGCAUUAUUUUCAGAGUCUGGAAAAGAUACUUGCUGGGCUACUCACCCCCAGAAUUCCCCAGAAACCAGCAGAGGUAUAGCCUCCCCACCCAACAAAAAGGUUUCUUCUAGGUUCUGCUCCUGUUUGCCACAGUGGCCAACCAAAUGCCUACACAAGCCCACAGGUGUUGCUGAAAUUCAAUGGAGGACUCCACCCGCGUGGGCUACUGCAUUGUGGCCAGCAGCUUUGUAGCCUUCCAGUUCUCCUUUUCUGCUGUCAGCCCCCAGCUCUCCUUGUCGCUGAGCCCCAGCUACUCCACCCUUUCUUCAGUGAAGCAGAGUGAAUGGAACUCCAGGUGUGUGUCCACUCUCCAUGCCAUAAUAGUUGGUCUCUUCUGCCUCUACAUCCUUUGGUAUGACGACGCCAUAAAUGCCAAUCCCAUCUGGGGAGACCCUUGGCUGGUCAAGCUGAACGUAGCUAUCACCUGUGGCUAUCUACUCUAUGAUCUGUUGCUGCUAGUGCGCUACUGGAGAACAUUGGGAGAUUCCCUUUUCGUUUGCCACCACUUGGCGGCGCUAUACGCUUAUGGAUAUGUGUUGAGUCGUGGGGUGCUGCCCUAUUUUGCCAACUUCCGUCUUCUGUCAGAGCUCUCCACACCCUUUGUGAACCUACGAUGGUUCCUAGAUACAGCUGGCUGUCCCCGCUCCUCCUGGCUUGUCAUGGCCAAUGGCCUGGCCAUGAUGGUGGUAUUCUUCAUGGUGCGCAUUGCCGUCAUCCCCACCUAUUACGCACAGGUGUACUUCUGGUAUGGAACUCCUGAGUACGAGCGCCUGGGCUUGGGUGUACAGCUGGCCUGGAUUGGGCCCAGCGUUGCGUUGGAAGUGCUCAAUGUGGUUUGGAUGUAUCGCAUCAUCCGUGGCUUCUACCGAGCCUUCUGUCGAGCCAAGGCACACAAGGCAUCAUGAGGACAGACAGGAACAUAAGAGCUUGAAUAUACCCUUCUAAUUGCCUUAGAGGCCAGUAUCCAUAGGAACUACUACUGACUAUUCCUUUGGGCCUGAAAAUCCCAGAAGCACACAGCUGGAGCCUUUGAUUUUUAUUACAUCCAAGUCUUUGCCAUCCUGACCAGAAUCAGCAGCUGAAUACGAGAGAAUAACCAUCCAUCCAAGUUUUGGAGAUGAACAUUCAGUGGUAUAUGGCAUGGUUGGAGAUGCAUAGCUUCAAAGCAUGUAUGGCCCAGCAACAUAGGACUUCCCUUUGGCACAUACUGGGAGAUACAGCUAUAUCAGUGGUCACCUGGUCAUUGUGACUGAGCUGGAGCUGCUCAGAUCUGUUGCAGGGCAGCUAGAAUGGGACUUGAAAUGGCUAAAUAGGUGAAACUCCUGGCUUGUGUUUCAUGUGACUGGACCUCAACCAGUUUCAGCUGUAAAUCCAUCAACUGGAACAGUGGUCCUUGUUGCCUCCUGGGUAAAAGGCCUUCUAGCUCUUUAAAAGGACUAUUUUGGAAGAAAAGUAAGAAAUCAGGGUGGCCAUUUUGACAAAUUGUCCAAGGAUGUUUAAAAGACAAGGAUGGAAAACAGGUGGAUGAACAGAGGAGGAUGCAGCUCAAUGAUGCAUUGAAUUGCCAGAGCUAUCAAAGCCUUAGAUUAGCGUGUUAGAUCAGGAAGUAAACACUGCUGCAUGUUUAAGGAACGGUGUGAAGUUAUUGGUAGAUGUAUCCAAGGGGCUCAGCACCUUUCACAAUAGCGGCACGGGUAUUGAAUGUCAUUCUGGGAACUGAGUGGUUCUCAUUCCAGCAACAUUUCUCUCUAAAGGAAAACCAUCAUUUUUGCAGCACUCAGCAUUUUGUUGUUCAGAUGCAAUUUCCUUGAACCUUAAUGUCAUGGGCUUCCCUAUUCCUUUGUCAUUUACUUAACUUGUCUUAAUACAUUGUUUUAUUUAUUAUUUUUUUUAAAACCGUUUUAAAGAGCUGGAAUACUUGCCCAUUUUCAUUCUGGGAAUGCUCAUGCAUAUCUCCCCUCCUUUUAAAAUAUAGUCCAUUGAGUCUUGUAUCUCCACGUCUCCAGCAGUCCUAUACAAGGAACAGAAAUAGGUCCAGCUGUUUCCUCCUGCAGCAAAGCUACUCCCCUUGGGCCAUCGCAGGGGCAGUCUAAUCCCUAAAGACAGUUCUGGGUACUUGGGGAAAAUCAACCAAUCUCUACCAUUCAUCUUCCCAGAGAAGUAUGCUUGUUAGAUUUCUCUCUCCACCCUAUCCUACCUUGCCUCUUCUUGUUUCUUCAUCUGCAGUAGUAGAGAAGUGGAUCUCUUUUGUAAAGCCCAGAAACAUAAUUGAAAUUUGCACAUUUUUAAAGAAAUUGCACAUUUUUAUUUUUUUUUAAAUCCUAUUUUCUGCUUAAUGUGAAUUUUUGAAUGUGAAAUUAUGAUGAAUACAUACAUUAAGAAUCACAUUUUGAGUGUGAAUCCAUAUUUCAGUUGUUUCAGAUGUGCCAAGGGGUGAACCCAACUGAACACAUGCAAAGAAUUGUAUUUUUAUGCUUGUCAUAUUCUGAAUGUUUUGACUGUCAGAAAAAAAUGAAAUCCCGCCAUAUCACUUGGCUAUCAAAUGCUAAAUGCCAUGAAAUAUGUCAACUAGCAAAUGCUGUCCAAUUGAAAAUAUUGAUGUUAAAUAGUGGACAAAAAUGCCAGCUCUCAUUAGAAUGCAGUAACCUUAAGGCAGGACAUAAUGUUUACCUCCACCUGUUCAAGGCAAGAUCUAGUAACUUAUUAAUAAUUCACUGUAAAAGCCAAUCUCCUCUUUUCCUGUGUUUGCAGGGUUUGUUGGUUUUACAGAAGUGUGAAAAGUUAUAUAAUUUCAGCUAGGAUUUUCUCAUCUGAAAUAAAAGACAGAAUUAAGAACUGAGGUUACACCACCCCACACUAGCCUUUCUCAACCUUUUUACCCUGGAGGAACCCUUUAAAUACUGUACAGGUCUCAGGAAACCCCUACAUUAAAAAACGAAUGCUCCAGAGACUAUGAGAUGGAGCCGUGGAUGCAAACUACAGAAAAAGAGAUUCCACUUCAACAUUAGGAAGAACCUCCUCACAGUAAGAGCUGUUCAGUGGAACAGAGGCUGGAUGGCCAUCUGUCAAGAGUGCUUUGAUUGUGAGUUCCUGCAUGACAGGGGGGUUGGACUUAAUAGCCCUUGAGGUCUUGUCCAACUACAAAUGUUGCAGUAAUGCUGCUGCUGAUACUUUCCCUGUUCCCAUUGCACCAGGCCAGUUGAUAUUCACUCAACCAGCCAAAAGGGGAUGCUGGUUCAGGGCAUACAGAGAUUUAAUGUAACUCUGUUUUCCAAAGGCAUUAUAACAUGGCCCCAAAUCAUGGCUGUUCUAGCUCCAUGCAGCACUACACAUGUUCAUGUGACUGUAUAAUGUGGAUAGGUUUUGCUUCCUUUUGUCUCAUUUGCCCCUAUACCAGUCAAGUGUCCAGUGUCCCUGUUCCAUUUUACAAAGAGAGAACUAAGGCAGAAGGACUUACCCAAGGGCACUAUUAAGUAGUUGGCUGACAACAAAGUUGUGGAUGCAUUUGGCUCCCAACCCUGCUACAUCCACAGGUGAAUGUUUACUUUUUGGUAAAUGUGACUCCCCCAUCCCAAUGUCAGACUGCCAAAGUUUGUUUCGAGUGGUGUUUUUCUGCUUAACAGUGUUGAUUCUUCUCAGUAACUAAGGCCUCUAGCUAUUCAAUAUUAAAACAGAUUCUAAUGUAGACAGCAAAUCAGCUUAUUAUUAUUUCACUAAGUUAAAAUCCAUGAAGAAAUUCCACUUUAUAUGCCCCAUUGAAAAAAGCUCCCAUUCAUUUCAGUGGAACUUUUAAGACGAUCAUGUUAUAUUUUCACUCUGGACCAAACGGACAGAUACCAAACAUACUGACAGCUGGUACUAAACAUCUUAGGGCACGUUUGGAUAAGUAUUUAUGCAAUCUCAGUUUUAUUUUUUAAAUUCUUAUAAAACCUACCUAGGAUGCUGGGAGAGUAAAGUGUCAUCUUUAAGAGAAACUGGUAGCGAGAGCUUUGCUCCUAAAUCUCUGCCUUAAGAGGCUUUACCAAACAUUCAGCAUCAGACUAAAAUUCUGAAAAGCACCUUUAAUUUGUUAGUUGGAUGCACCUGACAGAAUACAUUAUUCCACCCUGAACAAGUAGAGGAAAUUCUGUUUCUUAUUUUCCUCUGCCUUUUAGAAUCGUUUAAUCCUUACCUAAGCAGUGUUUGUAAUUUUCUAAUUUCCAUUUGUUAACUCAAAUCAAUGAGCAUUAAUAUAAUAAAUAAGAUUAAUUUAUUAAA